AUGGACCCCAAUCAACCGCCGCCGAUGGACCCGCCAGCACCUCCACCAGGCAUGCCGAUCUUGUCAGAUGUCGAGUUCAAGACCCUUGACAACUUCUUUGUGCACAUGGGUUCGGACCAAUACAAUGCACCGUCUUUUGGGGAAGGUCUCAGCUUCAGCAGUGAGUGGAUGGACCUACCGCCGCAGUUCAUGGGCGUGGGGACCUCGUACGGCCACCAGGACCAGCCGUCGCCACCGACCCUGCCGUCUUCAAGCCAGCAUUACUCGAACGAAUCGGCAGGUUUCCACACGUUGAGCUCGACCGGAAGCAUGUUACCUCCGCCGCCGCAAUUCCCAACUCAUAUGCAACAACACCAACACCACCAUCAUCAUCAACCCCACCACCAGCAACAAGGACAGCAGCAUCAACAGAGUCCACACGACGGCCCCUCGGAAGAUGUUCUCCAUGCUGCAGCAACGCUUCUCCACAACAACAACAACAACAGCAACAACCGGUCAGCCCAUGCGUUCGAGGCAAGCACAUCGUCGCGGAAGGCGGCGGUUCCCGUGCCUGUAGGCCACCUCCGCCACCAGCCACUAGAGGAGUUCCAGGAGGAAGGCAGGAGGGAGGCUAGCGAUACGCAGCAGCCGACCGACUACGUGAACCUGUUCAUCCCGACGCAGCAGCGCAGGCCGUCGAGGAGCUCACUGCCCACCGACUUCCAGUGGGGGUCCGACUCCAACUUCAGCACCACCCAGGGCUACAUGCCCGAGGCCAACAAGCAGACCGUCGAGUCGAUGCAUCGGAUGCAGCUCAAGCUGCUCGACUCGCUAGAGGUCAGCCGUAGUGCGGCCAGCACGCGACCCAGCAGCCCGUCCAACAACGGUCACGGUCACGGUCACGGACAGGUGCCGCCACUGUCACAACAGCACGGGCUAGCACCCCCGACAAAUAACAGCAACAGUGACAACCACGCACCACCAUCGAUGCCAUCAAAGGGACCCGAAGACCCGGAAGCACCGCCGCGCAAGAGGAGGAAGAGCCGGAUAAAAGGUGAAGGCGGCGGCGGCGACGACGAUGUUGCAGGGGCAGCAGGCGACGAAGACUGCGACGGGCCGGACACCAACGGCAACGGCAACGGCAGCGGCAACGGCAACGGUGCCAAGCCCGGCUACCGACGAAGAAAGUCCAAGGUUGAGCCGUCGUCACCCUACGCCGGCGGCGACGGCAUAUCCAGGAAACGCAGGGGCACCGUGAACGGAGCCGCAGCAGCGGCAGCGGCCGCGGGUGCCAAGGUCUCGUCGCGCGAAACCCUCACAGAGGAGCAGAAGCGCGAGAACCACAUCCGCAGCGAGCAGAAGCGCCGCACCCUCAUCAAGGUUGGCUUCGACGACCUGUGUGAGAUUGUUCCCGCCCUAAAAGGCGGUGGGUUCAGCAAGAGCACUAUGCUCUCCAUUGCGGGCGAGUGGCUCGACGACUUUCUCAAGGGCAAUAAGGCCCUUGAGAAGCAACUUGCUUCUAUCGGGCUAUGA